AUGGCUUUGAGUCAGACUGUGCAUUUUUAUGACUAUCAUAUAUAUUGUAUACAGAGAGGGAAACUGCAGGCUGAGGCAACGGGUUCCCAAGGACAGAAAAGAAGAGGCAGAAAGAGGAAACAGAGAAGAGGACGUGGUGUCAGAAAUGAGAAGACCGAGGCAAAGGGUGUGAAAAGAGAGCACUCACCUGAGACUGAGGAAGAUGCUGAACCAUCAGAUAAAGAACUUUGGACCUCUGUCAAUGAAAGGACCACUGUCAAUGAUUCUGGUGGAGUCCGUCCUUCUCCUCAUUGUCCAUCAUCUCAUAAAAAUGAGGAGGAAUUGCAACAGCCCAUACAGAACUUUCACUCAGAGGAGCACAGUGGUCAUAUGGCCAAAGGGCAGAACAGAGAGGAACGGUCAGAGAGUGUACCUCAGGACUCUCUAACUCCUGAGCCAUCCAACAGCUCUCACAAAAGAAGCUUUCGCUCAGAGGAGCACAGAGGACAUAUGGCCAAAGGGCAGAACAGAAAAGAACGGUCAGAGAGUGAACCUCAGGACUCUCUAACUCCUGAGCCAUCCAACAGCUCUCACAAAAGAAGCUUUCGCUCAGAGGAGCACAGAGGACAUAUGGCCAAAGGGCAGAACAGAGAGGAACGGUCAGAGAGUGUACCUCAGGACUCUCUAACUCCUGAGCCAUCCAACAGCUCUCACAAAAGAAGCUUUCGUUCAGAGGAGCACAGAGGACAUAUGGCCAAAGGGCAGAACAGAGAGGAACGGUCAGAGAGUGUACCUCAGGACUCUCUAACUCCUGAGCCAUCCAACAGCUCUCACAAAAGAAGCUUUCGCUCAGAGGAGCACAGAGGACAUAUGGCAGAAGGGCAGAACAGAAAAGAACGGUCAGAGAGUGAACCUCAGGACUCUCUAACUCCUGAGCCAUCCAACAGCUCUCACAAGAGAAGCCAACGCGUCAAAGCAUGCUCUUUAUGUGGCAAGACUUUCACUGACACACUGGGCUUGACAAGACACAUGCGAUCUCACAUUGAGCAGAUGUCACAUCAAUGCACCCAGUGUGGGAUAGAUUUUGAAUUCAGUGAGGACUUAGAGGACCACCAGAAGAGUAGCUGUGAGGAGAAGAAGACUGAGGAUGGAGAGAACAAUAACGAGAACGGCGAGGACAAUGGGGAUGACUACUGUGGAGAAAGUGUCCAGCAAAAAACUGAAUUGAAAAAAAAUAGUGAUCUGCAAGGAGACCUAAAACAACAUGUGAAAAGAGACACAUGGGGCUGCCCCAUAAAGUGCCAUGUGUGCGGGAAAAGAACUACUCGUAUGCUGGGUUUGCGAAGGCACCUUCUAAUUCACUUCAACAAUGGAGCAUACAAGUGCUCUGCAUGUCCAAAGACUUUUAUAUCAAAUGCUGAUUUGAGAUCGCACCUGAGAUCAAAAAGAUCUUGCAGGGAGAAAUGUUCUGAUGAAGUCAUUACUACCGGGCUCCACCUCAAAUCUGUCCCUGGUGAGUACAAGUGUCCUUACUGUGGGGACACUUUCCAGCUCCCAGAUGAUCUGAGAGGACACACAAAAGACUGUUCCAGAAAGUGCCAUGUGUGUGGGAAAACUACUGCUCGAAUGCUGGAUAUGCGAAGGCACAUGUUAAAGCACAACAACAAUGGCCCAUACAAGUGCCCGGUGUGUCCAAGGACUUUUAUAUCCCAUACUGAUUUGAAGACGCACCUGAAAAUAAAAAUACUUUGUAGGCAGAAAUGUUCUGAUGUAAUGGAGAAGGAGUUACUGUCUUCCGUAGAUGGUAGAUCUAGUCGUUUUUUUCAUGAAACAGGUGUCAUGAGAAGGUGCCAACAACCAAGCUCGAGCAACACAGGUGGGCCUUCAACGAUCGGGCCUGUGUUGGGCUUGAAGAGCUUUGAAGAGUUCCUUGAAGAGCUCUCUCAUGACUCCGACAUCAGCAUGAGCAGCGAGGUUAACCGGAAUAGCCUCCACGAAGACUACAGUCAGGAGGUCAGUCAAUACCAACCCAUAAAGGAGAUUGAUCAAUCCAACCCGGGUGAAUACAAGUGUCCUCACUGUGGGGACACUUUCCAGUUCCCACAUGAUCUGAAAGGACACACAAAAGACUGUUCCAGAAAGUGCCAUGUUUGUGGGAAAACAACUUCGAAGACAUGUGACAUGCGAAGACACAUGUUAAAACACUACGAUGGCCCCAUCAAGUGCCCGGUGUGUCCGAAGAGUUUUAUGUUCCAUACUGAUUUGAAGAAGCACCUGAAAACGAAAAGACUUUGUAGGGAGAAAUGUUCUGAUGUGAUGGUAAAGGAACUACUGUCUACAGUCGAUGGUAGAUGUAGGAAAAACGUCAGUGAAACAGGAGUCAUGGCAAGGUGCCAACAAUCAAACAGUUUGAAGAGCUAUGAAGAGUUCUUUGAAGAGCUCCCUCGUGACUCAGAUAAGAGCAUGAGUAGUGGUGUGAACCUCUAUAGCCUCCACGAAGACUACAGUGAUGAGAUCAGUCAAUACCAACCCAUGAAGGAUGUUGACCUGAAUAGCCUCCGCGAAGACUACUGUGAUGAGAUCAGUCAAUGCCAACACAUUAAGGACAUUGACGCAGAUGAGGACGAUACGUCUUUGGAAGAUUCAGGGGGGAAUGAGAUGCCCAAUUGUCACACCCUGGACGAGAGGGGCUGUGACUAAACUUAGUCAGUAUCAUAGGGUGGUGUCGUCUGAUCUAUGUUUACACUAAGAAUAGGGAGCUCUGAAGCACAGUUCUACUAUUAGACAACACCGGUUCUUUUAGUUUGGGUUUAAGUAGAAGAACAUGGAAGAGUGGUCAAUCUCAGUUUCCGUGAACCACAUUAGCAUAAGCUUUUGUUCGGCACAAGAUGGAGGAUACACCAUAAAACAAGUAACACCAUCACAUAAGAAAAACAGGUUUCAGUUCAGGUGGAAGUAAAGCAUUGCACCAAGGUAAUACUUCUCUUAGUAAAACCAAAGCUUCCCGAAGGAGCUCUGCCAAAGCUUCAACACAAACACAGCUUCCCUCGCACCUGCACCUCCCCCAAGGCGGCCACACCCCAAACAGAAAGGGUUAUAAUGGGGCGGGGAAACACAGGGAGACAAUCGCAUCUUUCAUUUAAUCACGGAGUUAACAAAUACUAAAUUAGGAGCACCUGGGCCAAAGCAUUCACAGUAUAGGGCAUUCGUCACACCUGUGACACAAUGACAAAGAACCAAACUCGACCAAAGGCUUAACAGGGAAACACUGACCCAAGCCCUCUCCAGGAUUCAAUCUGAGAGAAGAAUGAGAUACAGGUGAUACCAACCUGGUCUCAGUAUUUCGUAUUAUUCUUUACGUACAUUUCAAUACACCCAUUUAGUAUGAUAUGUUACAUUUCGAAUGGUAUUUACAGUUGAAGUCGGAAGUUUACAUACACUUAGGUUGGAGUCAUUAAAACUAGUUCAACCACUCCAUAAUUUCUUAUUAACAAACUAUAGUUUUGGCAAGUCGGUUAGGACAUCUACUUUGUGCAUGACACAAGGUUUUUCCAACAAUUGUUUACAGACAGAUUAUUUAACUUAUAAUUCACAGUAUCACAAUUCCAGUGGGUCAGAAGUUUACACACACUAAGUUGACUGUGCCUUUAAACAGCUUGGAAAAUUCCAGAAAAUGAUGUCAUGGCUUUAGAAGCUUCUGAUAGACUAAUUGACAUAAUUUGUGUCAAUUGAAGGUGUACCUGUGAAUGUAUUUCAAGGCCUACCUUCAAACUCAGUGCCUCUUUGCUUGACAUCAUGGGAAAAUCAAAAGAAAUCAGCCAAGAUAAAAUUGUAGACCUCCACAAGUCGGGUUCAUCUUUGGGAGCAAUUUCCAAAUGCCUGAAGGUACCACGUUCAUCUGUACAAACAAUAGUAUGCAAGUAUAAACACCAUGGGACCAUACAGCCGUCAUACCGCUCAAGAAGGAGACGCGUUCUGUCUCCUAGAGAUGAAUGCACUUUGGUGCGAAAAGUGCAAAUCAAUCACAGAACAACAGGAAAGGACCUUGUGUAGAUGCUGGAGGAAACGGGUACAAAAGUAUCUAUAUCCACAGUAAAACGAGUCCUAUAUCGACAUAACUUGAAAGGCCGCUCAACAAGGAAGAAGCCACUGCUCCAAAAUUGCUAUAAAAAAGCCAGACUACGGUUUGCAACUGCACAUGGGGACAAAGAUCAUACUUUUUGGAGUACGAUGUCCUCUGGUCCGAUGAAACAAAAAUAGAACUGUUUGGCCAUAAUGACCAUUGUUAUGUUUGGAGGCUUGCAAGCCGAAGAACACUAUCCCAACUAUGAAGCAUAACAUCCCAACCGUGAAGCACGGGGGGGGGGGGUA